AGCUGACCUGCGAAGCUCCAAACGAGGAAGUGCUUCUGCCUCCGCGCGUCAACACACUGGAGGCGGCUGUCCGCGCGUCUUCAUGGGGAUUUUUAUCUGAAGAACAGAUUAUUUAGGCAUCCAGCGGAGUUGGGAGUUUGAUUCUUGAGGACUGAAGCGGAGUUUAAGGCGCUGAGAGGACACGACCGCCGAGGAUGGAGAGGGAGAGAACGCUGAAGCAUUUUCCGACCUACGGGGGCAUAAACGAAGGCUCGUCGGGGGAAACCUGCCCGACGUGUCGCGGCACCGGACGCAUUCCCAGAGGUCACGAAGGCCAGCUGGUCGCUGUCAUCCCCUGCAACGAUGUCCGGCUGAAACCCAGACGCACGAAGCUCUACGUGUGCAUCUCCAUGGGCGUGUGUCUGUUCCUCUGCUGCCUGAUCCUCUUCUUCCUCUUCCCGCGGAGCAUCACCAUGGCGCCAGUGUCGGUGCUGUCGGUGAUGGUGUACAUCGCCCCGGAUACCAUCACCAUGGAGGUCACCAACCUCAUCAACAUCACCAACGAGAACUUUGUCCCGGUCCAGGUUGCUGACUUCAGCAUUCAGGGUCUGGUGGCCGAGCAAGUCGUGGGUAAAAGCAAGAUGACCAACAUGACGGCGCUGCAGUCCAGAUCGCAGCAAUCUUACACCUACCAGGUCGACCUGUUAAUCAAAGAUAAAGGCUUAAACACCUACUGCAAGUCCAAAAACAUCAAGAUUCACACGUUAUUUCUGGUGCUGCAAAUGACGAUGAAUAUUUCCUACCUGUCCCACACGGAGCAGCUUUCUCUGGACACCUACGAGUACGUCGACUGUGGCGCCAACUCCACCAGCCCCCAUCCCGUCAGAUUAUAAAAUACCUUCAUCCUGCCUGUACCGGAUCUAAAAGAGGGAAUGAAUACGGUGGAAACGCACCGUAAGGCUUUAAUGAAUCACUACAAAGUCGUAAUUUCAAAAUACAGACGCUUCAAAUGCACUUACAUGUGAGCUCAUGUUGUCGUUUAUCUGCCUGUAAAUCUGCGUUACAGCCGAGCAGGUUUGUGGAAUAAUUUCUGCAAUGCAAAAUGUGAAAACUGUUUUGUUUUUUUUUUAAGUUGUGUAUAUUUCACAAUGUUUUGUAAAAAGCUUAAUUUUUUUAAUACGGAGCUGAACUCUGACGAUCUGCUCGUUUAUCAUUUGCACUUUAUUAAACUGAGGCAUUCAAGGUUCCA